AUGAGUUACCAACCGUCGGAUAUGUAUCACGACCCAGCCGCGCGUUCCCCCGGUUCUCAGCGCCAUCAGCAACCCCUGCAUCGUCAACCCUCUCGUCAAUUUGAUGCUUACGGUCCCAUGCCCGCGAAUAUCUACGAAGACCAAAUGGCUCGCUACGAAUCCGCUCGUCUCGAGCGCUUGACCCCUUCUCUGCAGAACAAUAACUCUUAUGCCUACGAUCUGUCUGGCUCUCAGACCUGGAACCCCAACGGAUUCGCUAACGCUCAGUCUCUUGGGGGCAUCCGGUCGGCCUCGGCCAGCUUGAAGCCCAGUGCCCGCGGACGGACUGGUCUGCCCACGACUUGGCUUGACCAGCAAUCAGGCUUGCCCAACGCCUUUGCCAAUCUCGGCCCAGGUCCGAUCCAGAGCAAUGCAAUGCGGCCAGACCCAUCGGCUUCCUCCGAAGGCGAUGACGAGUUGAUUCCAACCGCGAUUGUGAUCAAGAAUAUUCCCUUUGCCGUGAAGAAGGAGCAGCUGGUCCAGCUGAUGACUGAGCUGAAUCUGCCCUUGCCGUAUGCGUUCAACUAUCACUUCGACAACGGAGUGUUCCGCGGGUUGGCUUUUGCCAACUUCACGUCGGCCGAAGAAACGGCCACCGUGAUUGAGGUUCUCAAUCACUUUGAACUGCAAGGCCGCAAAUUGCGGGUGGAGUACAAGAAGAUGCUUCCAUUGCAGGAACGGGAACGGAUCGAGCGCGAGAAGCGCGAACGACGGGGGCAGUUGGAGGAGCAGCAUCGGCCCAUGGCCUCCUCGCAGCUGCAGACUCAGAGCUCCAUGUCUUCACUGACCUCUCACAUUCCGGCCACCUCUCCCUCGCCUGUCUCGCAACGCGGCCAGAAGCUGGGUAAGUCCUCGAUCAGGCACUUCCCGACACCCGACAGUGACCUGAUUGCUCAUCACUUGGAACAAGUAGAGGUGGACUUGAAUGACAGCCAGACUCUCUCGUACUAUUCUCAACUGCUUCUGUUCAAGGAAGACACGGCACGGGAUUCGGUGAUCUUUCCUCCCAACUUGACCCCUUCGCAGCGGCGCACAGUCCACACUUUGGCUCACAACAUGGGCCUGGGCCACGCUUCUCGCGGUAAUGGCGAUCAGCGCCAGGUACAGGUGUUCAAGGUGCCCGCCGGCUCCAACGUGAGCCCCCCUCUAUCGGCCAUCCCUCCUACCGCGUCUCACAGUGACAGUGGUCGUCGUGGUCUCAACCGCGCCGCGACCAUUGACUUCAGCGAGGCUCGUCAAGAAGGCGGCCAGGGCGCCUUCCACACCUUGCGUGGUCCUACUUCGAACUUCCUCGGAGUCAUGGACUCGACCGGCAACUUCGCCAAUACGCAGAACUUGCGCGCCGCCAAGUCGUUUGCGGAUCUCCGAUCCUACACACCUUCCCCGGUUCCCUCCAGCGCCAGCUUUCCCGCCGCCCUCCAAUCCAACAACGGCUCUCGCCUGCAACAGUACGAUGGCACCCCGACCGGCGCUUCCAACACCCCUACUCUCACGUCGGCCCCCGCAGGUUCUUCAUUGGGCAUGCCGCGAGAUGACAACCUGCUGGUAAACAGCCUUGGUGGCUUGUCCCUGGGCACUGGUAUUGGUGGUCCUAACGCCAGCCCUCGACGAUUGCGUGGUAUGUUUUCUUGGGAGCAGGACAAUCAGUCUUCCGCAGCCGGUCCUAUUGGUAGCAACCGUGGCAUGGGAAUGGGUUUUGACAGUACCCAGCAAGAGCGCAUGCCGAUCCGACAGCCCCGUGGCCCGACACCCGAGAAGGGCACCGGCUUCCGCCGCCCGAAUGGACAUCAGGCCCGUGGCAGUGAUGAGCUCCGCACCACUUCUGGAGUCGAGAUCAUCGUCGAGUAG